UUCGAUCAAUCCAGUCUGCGCAUGUUCAGAGCGUCUGACCUAAAUACAUUUAUCAGGUACACAGCAGACGAGGUCUGAUUCAAGUGUUUAAUGUUUUGUUUUUACUAGAGGUUAACAUAAUCGAGGAUUUAUUCUUCUUUCCGAUGCGCAGGAAGAUAAAAUUAUCUUUUAGCAAAAAUGAAGACCAAAACUCAAGGUGACCCUGAAAGUGCAAACGGAAUUAAAAAUGUACUUAAGAAAUGGGUUUUCAUAAUAUGUAUCGUGCUUGUUAUUGUGGAGUUGGUCGUUCUGCUAUUUCUUGUUGUAACCUGGAGAGUUCAAAGAGAUAAUCAGUUGGCACCUACACAACAGCAGAUGUGUUACCCACGGGUCAAGUUAAUAGUAGACGAUAAUACAGCUUGUCCGGAGGGACUCGUGUCUAAAUUUGAUGAAGCAAAGAAUGAAACAACCUGUUGUGGAAAACUGAGUGAAGUUUUAAAUUCGGUCUUGAAUAAGAGUGUGUUUGACAGAUAUAACAGCAAAAUAAAUCCAGAAAUAAGAACAUAUAACCCAGAGGCGUUUAACUGUAAGGCAGCAAAUCAAGAUCUGUCAGUAACAAGACUAACUUUGGCACAAAACAAGAAAUCAGUUCCUGUAGAUUCGGCUCAUAAAUUGUAUUGGGAAAAAGACCCUGCGUUGCCUAAACUUUCUGGAUUAAUGUAUUCGGUAGAAGAUGGUCAAGUGUUUGUUGAGGAAACUGAAAUUUACCAUAUUUUGUUACAGCUAAAAUUAAAUAUGAGCAAAACAACGGGUGUAUUGGAUGAAAAAAUAAGGCAUAAAGUACAUUUUAUAUCUGAUAGCGGUGCGUCAGCAGUUCUGCUGGAAGAUGUGACGUCACCAUGCACAAUGAGGUCACAUUCUGCAACAGAGAAAGCCAGCGUUGUUGAAGCUGUGUUUCGGCUUAAAUAUGGCGAUCGACUAUAUGUGACUACAACCCAUCCUGAAAGUAUCUUGACUGAUCCACACAAUAAUCAUUUUAGCAUAUACAGAGUUUAAGUGCCAAUGGUUCUAUAUUGGAUAAAUAUCUCAUUUGUGAUGAUUAAUGUUAAGAUCUAGAUCUACUAAUUCUAGAUCUACUAAUUUAUGCACAUUGUAGUUAUUCUAAAUCAUCAUAAACCCGACGUUCAAUGAAAUUGUGAAGUGUGUGAAGUGACCUAUUAUUUCUGUACGAUAUAUCUGCUACUAUAAAACAAUUAUAAAUAUAAAACUGAUGAUUUUUAAUUUUCAUUAAAUACAGAUACCGUCUGUAAUACAUACUUGGAAAUCUAAACAAAAUUCAGCGAUUGAAUUUUUGUUAAUCAAAAGUGGAAGUAUAUUGAUCACUGUUGAUGAAAGAAUUAUUAGAUCUAUAUCAAUUAUUUAGAUUCACAUUGUUUUCUUAAUUAAUCAUAUCAAUAAUUCAGGAAAAAUGAAUAAAAAACAAAGACAUAGUCAUGCUUUCACGCUUAUGCAAUGUAAGUGCCAGACUAUAUACAAUUGGGAGAAAUCUGCGUCUUUAGACAGAAAAACAAAUUCUGGGAUUGAAAAAAAACAACAACAAAAAACAAACUUAAAUUCACUUUGGCUGACAUGGUAGAUCGUGCAAAGAAAAUCGAAAAGCAGUCUAAACAGAGGCAGCAGCGACAUUGGUCAACAAAAGUACUUAUAGUACUAAGCUGAUCAAGCAGGCAAGCUAAGAAAAGGAUGGAAUCGAAAUGUACUUCACCCAGUGACCAAAGUAACAUUUAUAAGGUCCCGCAGAAAGCAAAGGAGAACGCGGACCUUAUCAGCAUUGAGGGAAACUAUAUAUCGCCUGACAAAUCGGUUGUGGCCAUAUUUACAUUUUCAAAAUACAUCUGAUUUAGUGGAAAAUCAAAUGCUUGUAUCAAUAGGCCUUCUGAAGUUGUAACUUUGAAAACAGUUUGGAUAUCUUGUCAAUAUGUUGUAGACUUUCAUCGCAUUUAUUAUAGACUAAGACUGACUAAGUUAUUUUUAAAAGGACAUCAUACUGGCAUAUAUUCUAGAAUUAAAAUUAACGAGACAAAAAGGUAUUGUUUACACUAGAACACUUAGGAUAUUGAACAUGAAUAUCAUUUCAUGGCAUAAUUAUAUGAAGUGAACGAAACUAUUCAAAAAUAAAAUGUGCUAGUGUAAAAAUGUGAACGUCAUAACUGAAACAGUAACAUUGAGUUGAAUAUACCAAAUUACCCAGAUUCGUUAUGGAAUGUGUUAAAGUAAGAAAUACGAUACAAUAUACGUUACAAUUGUACGUAGAAUAUAACAAUUAUACCCUGUACCUGAUGUGAUAUGAAGCUGAUUGAUUGCCUGUUUCAUAACAUAUCAACUGUACUUAAUAUUUUGAAAAAAAAAAAAAAUAAAUAA